UGUAAAUAAAAUGUAAUGUAUAUAAUCGCGCCGCGCGCAUGUGUAUACUCGUGAAUUGUCAUUAAACCCUUGCCAAAUAAAACACAUAACUGUAUAGAUAUAUAUAGCUCUAGCGUGGCUGUAUAUACAAGCGUAGUAUUUCAAAUGGCGAUUCACAGUUACGACGGGACAGGUGGAAUUUCGUGAGCGCACGUAUACGCACGCACUCGCAGGCGGUGUCGUCAUGAGUUUGUUGAUCGCCUCGACGACGCGGAUAGAAAAAGUUGAGGUGAACAAACAGAAAAAAAGGAACGAAGAAAUCUUGCGCGAAGUGUCAUUGGUGAAUGACACGAGACAUAAUGAUCAGCCUCCGCACUAACUCGUUUGCAGUCCGAGUGUUUCUAUAAUAUAACCUUAUUCGCGAACUGUCAUUGGUGCUGUUGUUGCUGCUGCUGCUGCUGCUGCUACUGCUAUACCGCUGCAAUAUACGUCGAAGUUUACGUUUAUUUCGUGCGUUUAUAAAUAAACACAUUAAGACGAAUAAAAAUUGCUCGCCGAUCGUAGAGAGAUUUUUCAUGAUACGAAUCGAGCAUCGAUCAUCAAUGAUCAUUCGCGACGUCGAUCGAACUUCCUGCGCGACGUUCAUAGCGUUAUUCACACACGUGCGAUUCGCAACAAUACGAAAGUGCUGCAUUAUUUUGCCGUCGGAAUGAGCAUGCAAUAUUUAAACCAGCUGCUGUUGGUUAAUUAAUGGUGAAUGCGUUUGACUCGAGUGCCUAUUGAUGCUUGAAUAACUGGUAGAAUCAUGUUUUCGGCAUUCUUUCUUGACUUGUGGAGCUACUUUCAGAGCUACUUUAUUGACUAUAUAGAUAUGGAUGUCACAUUAUGGCUACUGAUGCCAUUGUUGAUAACUUUUCUGCUUCCUUUAGUUAUUGUUCUACUUUUGUAUAUAACAGCAUUAAUUUUAUAUGUAUAUAGAUUGCAUAGGCAUAGGCUGAGAAGUGCUUACGGAUCUGAUUGGAGAAAUGCAGCUCGCCAUGUUGUAGCUGCUGUAUGGGAUGCUCAUGGAUGGAUAUGGCAUGGAUACGAGGUAGUUGGAUUAGAAAAUAUUCCAACAGAUCAGCCAGUUUUAUUUGUUUACUAUCAUGGAGCGAUACCUAUUGACCUUUACUACUUCAUAUCUAAAGUUUUUUUGUUCAAUUCAAAACUCAUUCAUACUGUAGCUGAUAGAUUUUUGUUCAAAUGUCCAGGCUGGAGUAUUAUUUCUGAUGUUUUAAAAGUUAUUCCUGGCACAAUUCAAACGUGUUCCUCAAUACUUAAAGAUGGAAAUAUGUUGGCUAUUUCUCCCGGAGGAGUUUAUGAAGCUCAAUUUGGAGAUGCUUAUUAUCAAUUGAUGUGGAAAAAUAGGCUAGGUUUUUCUAAAGUAGCUUUGGAUGCUAAAGUGGCUAUAAUACCAGUAUUUACAAAAAAUAUAAGAGAAGCAUUUAGAACUAUUAGUUUGGGAAGAAGAUUGUGGUUGAGAUUAUAUGCAGCAACAAGAUUCCCUUUUGUACCUAUUUAUGGUGGAUUUCCUGUAAAAUUAAAAACUAUUGUUGGUCAACCUAUUCCUUAUGAUGGCAGCCUCACGCCUGAAGAUCUACAGAUUAAGGUAGCUGCAGCUUUAGAUAAAUUAAUUAAUGAAAAUCAACAAAUCCCAGGAAGCAUUUUUCGUGCUUUAGUUGAACGAUUUCAUGAUUUCAAACAAAUUCCUAAUAAUUCUGUGUACAAAGCAAGAAGUGAAUGAUAAUUGUUAUCAUCAUUUAAUAAUCUUUUAAUUGUUGAGAUUUAAAAUUUUAUUGAAGAUGAUUAUUUCCUAAAUUCGCAGUAUUCAAGUUUUCUUACAGCAAAUACGAUCAAAUUCAAGUUUGCUUGACAAUUAAAAAAAGUCAAAGAGAUUUUUUAUUAGAUCAAAUUAAAAUAUGUUCAUGCAUAAUAGACUCAUAACAUUCCAAGUUGAUACUUUGGGUUGUAAAAAAGGUAAAUGAGUGUAUAAAUUUGCUCUCUCCCAAGAGUAUUGUCAUAACACUGAACCUUUUAUCAGCCUUUCACACUUAUUUUUAAGAACUUUACUAGUAUAUGUUUUUUAUAUACUUAUCGUAAAAUUUAUUAUUAAGCGUUUGAACACUGCUCAAUUUGUUUAUAAAUUUAAUUUCAAAUGAAUGUUGAUUCACAUCUUCACAACUCUGUUCAUAAGACUUAGUGUUUAAUAAUUUGUUAAGUGAAAUUUUCAAAGACUUGAAACUUAUACAACUUUGAUGAAAAAGCCUUUAUCUGUGCACAAACUAAGCUAAUUUUUGAUGUGAAACAUUUUCUUAACAAUGUGCAAUAUGUGUUUUUACAGUUUAUAAAGUUUUUAAUAUAAAAUGUAAAUGGUGAUAUUGUUAAAUUUAUCGUUAAUUAUUAUGGUGCGAAAGAAUUCUCUAAAUGUACUUAAAAGGUGAAA